UCCAAUACCAGAAAUACCAUGGGUCGCCGUCCUGCCCGUUGUUACUGGUACUGCAAGAACAAGCCGUAUCCGAAGUCGCGCUUCUGCCGCGGUGUCCCCGAUGCCAAGAUCCGCAUCUUUGAUAUGGGGCAUAAGAAGGCCAAGGUGGACGAGUUCCCGCUCUGCGCCCAUAUGGUGUCCGAUGAGUAUGAGCAGCUUUCCUCCGAGGCCCUGGAAGCCGCCCGCAUCUGCGCCAACAAGUACAUGGUGAAGACCUGUGGGAAGGAUGGCUUUCACAUCCGCAUGCGACUCCAUCCCUUCCACGUCAUCCGCAUCAACAAGAUGUUGUCCUGUGCUGGGGCUGACCGACUCCAGACCGGCAUGCGAGGUGCCUUCGGGAAGCCACAGGGCACUGUGGCCCGAGUCAACAUCGGCCAAAUCAUCAUGUCGAUCCGCACCAAGGUGCAGAACCAGGAGCACGUGGUCGAGGCCCUGCGGAGAGCGAAGUUCAAGUUUCCGGGCCGCCAGAAGAUCCACAUUUCCAAGAAGUGGGGCUUUACCAAGUUUGAUGCCGAUGAAUUCGAAGAUCUUGUGAGUAAGAAACGCCUCAUCCCUGAUGGUUGUGGGGUCAAGUACAUCUCCAACCAUGGCCCCCUUGACAAUUGGCGCGCGCUGCACGCCUGA